AUGGAUGUGCCUAUAACAUCGGAAGCAGGUCUGAGGCUGUCCCAUUUGGCACGACAGUCUGACAAGCUCCGGCGUUUGUUGCCUUCAAAGGCAGCAGUAAAGCGUGCGAUUGGGAGAGGUGAGCUCGUCUUGAAUGGCGAGCAUGUCGAAGAGACCCGAAUACUGAAAGCUGGUGACCUAGUGACUCUCUGCUUGGACCGGGUACGUGAGGCCUUGGAUGCAACAACAGCACGGGCCCGGAAUGUCAAGAUGGUGCUGCCCCGGGAGUCGCCGACUGCGCCGGGUGAUGGCUGGCAAGUACUACGCUCCGUGUGUCCGGACGGCGUCGUGGUGGUGUGGAAGCCGACUGGCAUGAGAAGUCUGGGAUUCCAUGCUGGGACCCUCCAGUCAUCCCUGCCCCUAUUGCCUGAACUGGCUGCGCUUGGUGCGAGCAGGUUUCAACCCUUCAGCCGGCUGGAAAUUGGCUGCUGCGGACUAUCUUUGGUUCCCGUGACCGACGAGGUGCAACAGGUCUUGACUGGCGGGCUGGCUGCAGGGCGCGUUGUUCACACAUUUCGCGCAAUGCUGCACGGGUCGAUUGGUAAGCCUGGGACGACUUUGACUUUAACUGGCCAGGAAAGUGGCGGCCGCGAGGAAGCUUCUGACAGUGAGGAGCAUGACUCUGUGGAGCAAGCUCCCAUCGCGAAG